CAAGAAAUAUAAUAUAGAGUUGAGUUGCUUGAGCUUUGAAUUAGGCCAACCUAUUGUUUUUUCCAAUUUUGAUUACAGUAUUGCUCAAUUUCUACGAAAGGAAUUACAAUCACGGCUUUUGUAGUAUGCUAAUAUUUAUAGCUUUAUUAGAUUUAAAUAAUUUAUAGAUUAAACAUAAUUUUUUUGAAAAGGUAAAUUGGUAGUCUAUUACUCAUUUUAUUAUAUAAGUCACUAUUGGAAAAGAAUUCUUCUUAAAUCAUAACAAGAAUGGCUUGAAAUAGAAAACUUUUGCAGUGUAGGUUAUAUUUAGUAUUAAAACAGAACCUACAGUACGGUAUUUCUAACAAUAUUAUUAUAACCUAAACGAAAAUAUGUGAUCAAUGAUUAUACUGCUAGCUUACUCAGUAAAUGAUUUCAAUAUUCAGCCUGAUCCAGUAACUUACAUAAAUAAUUAUUAUCUAAUCUGUUUCUACUCUUAACAAAGACAGUACGACACAAUUUGAAAUUUGAUGAUUCCCCGAUCCAAGACCGUGAGGAAUACAUCUUACUCAUCGGAAGUAAGUACCGAUCAGGUGACUCUGGAGGUAUCUAUAUUGAGAGUCUCAAACUAGAAGGCUAUAUUGUCUGUUCUUUAAUCUGGAAGAAUAAAAUGACAUUAUUAUUUAUAGCAGUUGAUGAGCUUCACUAGAGAUGAGUGGUGAAGUAGAGACGUAUAUAGCUAAGCCUAUCAAACUGCUGCUCUCAUCAGAAGAGGAUGCUUGCGAACAGCUGAGAAUGAUGCUAGAGGAGAGUGUCAGCGCCAGAUAUGGAGCGAGAAAGGCACAAGCCAUAGCCAAUCUCACUCCUUCUGUUGGCAAAGUAUUGAAGAAAAGAGCUGGUAGUAUUUCACCUGAGCCAGUUCCAGUGAAAAAAUCCAAAGUCGAGCCAGUGCCAAAGUCGAAGGAGCCUUCUCCUGUUGUUAAGAUAGAGAGUGAAAGUUCAGAUGGUGCAGACAGCGAAGAUUUAUCUCUUGAGAUUCUUGAGGAGAAUUUGUGCUUCAUUUGCAAAAAUGUAAGUUCAACGAGUAAGAAUAAAAUGUUGGAGUGUCUGGACUGCCACAACUUGUGCCACCAGAACUGUGCCUCCCCUCCGGUCACAGCUGAUGUCAACGAUCCCCGUUUCGUGUGGUACUGCAGCAACUGCAAUAAAGGAUCAAGUCGAGUGAUAUCCGGUAGCUCAAGAGUUGCAUCUUCAAGUAGUAACUUGGGGACAUCUUCUUCCUCUUCAAAGACGUCAAGCAAAGGGUCAAGUUCGCGGUCGUCUUCCAAUUCAAGCUCUUCAUCAUUCGCCAUCAAUAAAACAUUCUCAGGAAGUAAAUGGGGUCGAAGACAGUGAAUGCUGCAUUUCCGUUAAAAAGCUGUCGCUUCGACAUUUCUCAGCAGUAUUUCAAGUUGUAUUCAAGGUAGUCGAAAACUCCACGAUGAAGGAUGAUGCAAGUUUUAAAAUUACAUUCAAGGUUUGAAGCCAUGGAUAUGGUGAAGAAUAACCGUAAUUUGUGAGUUCCGAAAGACUUAGAUUUGUCGUUAAAUUUUAUUGAAUUUUUGUUGUUGCAUUGUUUCAAGUAUUAUUAAAAUAAUAAUCUGUCAAUAUAUUCAAGGUAGAAUUUGCAAACGGGAAUAUUUUAAGCUUAAUUUUAUUAAAAUAUGAUGAAUUCCA